AUGCAUGUCCACUGUCUGUGGCUCCUCCUGAUUCUAGGACACGUGGCUUUGGUUGACUCAUCACAGAAAUGGACUGUUGAACGUCCCCAAACCCUCUUCGCCUGGGAAGGAGCCUGCGUCUGGAUUCCUUGCAAGUACAAAACGCCAACAAAGAGUUCUCUGGACAAGGUCUUGCUGUAUCACAAUUACGACUUUGACGAUCGUACCCGGGAUUUCAAGGGGAAUGUCCUCUAUAAUAACACCAAGAUUGAGUCACCCCCUUCUGAGCAAGGAAGGGUAACAUUCUGGGGAAACAGAGAAAAUAACUGUUCCCUGGAAAUCCACCAGAUACGGAUCACUGACAAUGGGAAGCUGGGGUUGAGGAUGAUUUCAGGCGAUGACAAGUGGAUGGAGCACCUUCACCUCAAUAUCUCCAAGACACCCUUCUCACCUUACAUCCGGAUGCCAUCAGAAAUCCAUGCAUCCCAAAGUGUCACUCUGACCUGUGGACUGCAUUUUGCCUGCUCUCGGUACCACAUUCACUUCAAGUGGUCCCUGGAAGAGCCUGAAAUCACCUCCAUCACCUCCAUCACCUCUGCCACCGAUUCUACACAAAAUGUCUACACAGGGAGCGAGCUCACCUUCCAACCAGAGUGGAAGGACCACAGAAAGAAUGUGACGUGCCAAGUCUGGAACUCUACGCAAAUGCUCUCUAAGAACACAGUGCGUCUGGAUGUUAAACACAUCCCGCAGCUGACGAUCGAGGUCACUUCCAAAGAGGUCAAGAAGGGUGACUCUGUGACCAUGACAUGCCAGGUUAUCAGCAGCAACCCAGAACGCAGGACAGUGUCCUGGGUCAAGGAUGGGCGGACCCUGCAGGAACAGACGCUCACACUAACUCUGCAAUCAGUGACCAAGGACAUGAGUGGGAAAUACCGUUGCCAGGCUUCCAACGACCUGGGCCUAGGACAAUCGGAAGAAGUGGCCCUUACGGUGCUGUUUGCUCCGGAACCCUCCAGGGUUCACAUAUACAGUCCGCCGGCUGAAGAAGGAAAGUCAAUAGAGCUGAUUUGUGAGUCACUGGCCAGUCCGAAAGCAACGAACUACACCUGGUACCACAACAGAAGACCUGUGCUUGGAGAGACACAAGAGAAGCUCCGGAUCCCUAAAGUCUCCCUGAGGCAUGCUGGGAAAUACUCUUGCGUGGCACAGAACCUCCUGGGUCCUGGAGAGAUAGAGGAGGAAGCUGAGCUGGAUGUCCAGUAUGCCCCCAAGGCGGUAACCACAGUGAUUCAAAACCCCACACCGAUUCGGGAAGGAGAUAGUGUGACCCUGGCCUGUAGCUACAACUCCAGCAAUCCUGAAGUCACCUACUAUCAGUGGAGCCCUCAAGGUUCUGGGAAUGAGAUCUCGCUUGGAGUGCUGAGGAUUCAGAAAGUUGCAUGGGACUCCACGCCCAUCAGCUGUGCCGCCUGUAAUAACCAUUGGUGUUCGUGGGCCGCGCCCGUCAGCCUGAAUGUCCACUAUGCCCCCAGAGCGGUGAAGGUCCUGAAGGUGAGCCCCUCAUCAGAGAUCCAUGCUGGGCAGCACGUCAUCCUCCAAUGCAACUUCUCCGGGAGCCACCCCCCAGAGGUCCGCAUCUCAUGGAAGAAGAAUGGGAGUCUUGUGCAGGAAGGGAAAGAGCUGAGCUUCAGCUCCAUCUCCCCAGAAGAUUCUGGAAAGUAUAACUGCAUGGCCAGCAACUCCAUUGGAGAGACUCUGUCGAAGGCCUGGGACCUCCGAGUGCUGUAUGCUCCUCGGAGGCUGCGCGUGUCGAUUAGCCCCGGGAACAGCAUCAUGGAAGGGAAGAAGGCCGUCUUGUCCUGUGAGAGUGAUGCCAACCCGCCCGUCUCGCAGUAUGUCUGGUUGGAUUCCAGCGACCGAGACCUCCCCUUCUUCAGCCAGAAGCUGAGCCUGGAGCCCCUGAGGGUCCAGCACACUGGCUCUUACCGCUGCCAAGGGAUCAACCAGCUAGGCAUGGGCGAGUCACCGCCCAGCGCGCUCACUGUCUACUAUAGCCCAGAGAGCAUCGGCAAGAGGGCUGCCUUGGGACUAGGGUUCUGCCUGGCUGUCUGCAUCCUGGCUAUCUGGGGGAUGAAACUCCAGAAAAAAUGGAAACAGAAUCAGAGCCAGCAGGGGCUUCAGGAAAAUUCCAGUGGCCAGAGCUUUUUUGUAAGGAAUAAAAAGACUAGAAGGACCCCUCUGUCCGAAGGCCCCCAGUCCCAGGGCUGCUACAACCCGGCGAUGGAUGACAGUGUUAGUUACGCCAUCUUGCGCUUUCCGGAGACUGACACGCCCAGAGUCGGUGAUGCGGAGACCUCAGGAGCACAGGGUCCUUCUCCAAACAACGAUGACACAGUUACUUACUCGGUGUUACAGAAGCGUCAUGUGAGUGACUAUGAGAAUGUGACACCAAGCCAUCCUGAGGAUGACAGCAUCCACUACUCAGAGCUGGUUCAGUUUGGGGCUGGGAAGCGGCCUCAGGCAAAGGAAGAUGUGGAAUACGUGACCCUCAAGCACUGAGGUUGGAAGUAGCUGCCGCGGAAGGUUCUGGAACCUAAGAGAGACCUGUAACUUCUUUGGCUGCUUCAGCUCAGCUGCCAAGUCACCUACAACUUCUAAGGCCACUCCCUGAGCACACACUUGGGUUGCAUGCCCUCACAAUCAUUUAAAAACCUUGAGUCUGGCGAGAACCAGCCAGCAUUCUCUGCACUGGUCAUUGUCACCCCACACUGUACAAUGUCCCCUUCUCCAACCCUGGCCAUCUGCCACCAUCCACCUCAUCCUGAGCCUCACUUCAGCUAGAUGUGUUCCUGCUGUGACCAGUUGGGAUUGUCACUAACAUUUCUUCUUCUCUGUCCCCUUGAUGCUCCCACCCCCCCUCACUAAUCUUAUUACCCACAUUUCUGGUCCUGGAGAGAAAUCCCCAGGGAGGGCAGAAGUAAGGAAACAAGAGGCACUGUCCUCAGCUGCCUUUUCUCAUACGAACAUGUCUACCAGGAAGUCAGGCCUUCCGUGGAGAUGGUGCCUUCCCUCAGGGGUCCUGGGCACUGGGCAGGCAGGAUACCAUGGACCUAU